GACGAAGAACGAUAAGUCGACUUACGUCUGGCUUCUUCCCGUCAUCCUGUUUUCUCCACUCCAAACCGCUCGCUCUCCCAAUCCACUCUCUAUCACCCACCGGAAAGGCCAUGGCCGGAGUUCUCACCUCCGCUCCACUUUUCGUUCUCCGGCCACUAAACUCGAGGACCAAAUCUACUCGGUGGGUGAAAGUCACCGCCGAGCUCCGCGAAACACCCUCCUCGUCUGCUUCUCUUUCCGUGAGCUCCGGUCAGGAAGAGGGGCAGAGGUUGGGAUCUUCGUCUCUGCCUGCGACAUUCUCACCUCCGCCUGGCUUCAAGCCUCCUCAGCCGAAGCGGUUCUCCGUCCGCCCGGACAAGUUUCUCGACAUCCUUUCUGCUUCUCUCGCCUUGCCUUUCCGCCUUGGCACUGGAGCUUUUGUUCUAGGAUAUUCUGCAUCCUUUGUUUCUGAGGAUAAAAUCUCAUCAAACGAGUAUGUAAUGAGUAUUGCAGGUUUGAAGUUGAAAGAGGCCUCAAAAUUAGGCCCCCGUCCUGAGAAACCUAUUGAGAUUUAUGAAUUUGAAAGCUGUCCAUUUUGUCGGAAGGUCAGGGAGAUUGUAAGCAUAUUAGAUCUUGAUGUUUUAUUCUAUCCUUGUCCGAGAAAUGGUCCAAACUUCCGCCCAAAAGUUUUACAGAUGGGUGGAAAACAGCAAUUCCCUUACCUGGUGGAUCCAAAUACAGGCGUUGCCAUGUACGAAUCAGAUGACAUUAUAAAAUAUCUGGUCAAAAAAUAUGGUGAUGGAACCACUCCUCUAAUGCUGUCACUUGGCCUUCUUACUACUUUGACUGCUGGUUUUGCAAUGAUUGGAAGAAUGGGGAGAGGUUCCAUGUAUACUCCUUCAAAACUCCCACCUGUACCCCUUGAAUUGUGGGCAUAUGAGGCUUCUCCCUUUUGCAAAAUUGUGCGUGAAGUUCUAGUUGAGUUGGAAUUGCCUCACUUACUUCACAGGUUGAUGAUUGAUCAAUAUGAUAUGAAUGCAGUAGAAGUUGCAAGAUUUGCGAAGAAGCACCGCUCGUGGCAGCCCGAAGCGGCAGAAGUUAUAUGAAGAAGCUGGACAUUUUCAGGUACCUUACCUAGACGAUCCUAACACUGGAGUAAAAAUGUUUGAAAGUGCAGAAAUCAUAGAUUAUUUGAGAGCAACUUAUGCUCUUUAAGAAGCUCAGGGCCAUGUUUAUUAUAUCUGUGUAUAUUUUUUCUUCUUUGGUAAAUUCAUUGCCGGUUACUAUCUUGUUAUGACUUUUUGAUGACUUAUUACUAAAAUGAUGCAUAAAAAUAGUUUAUAUUGUCUUUGUUACAUUA